UCAAAAAGUAGCAGCUUCAUGUCGCGCUUUAAAAGUUGGUGACACGGUUGAACUUGCCGGUAUAGAGAAUGUGAGAUACUAAAACUUUCUUGUAAAACCAGCUGGACACACAGCAGUCAUCUACUGAUCAUUUAAUCCUGUUGAACGGUUUCUUAUAGCCCAAAGAGAAAAUGGCCUUUUCUACCAGUGCUAAGAUGAAUAAAGCUGUGAAGCAGGAGUACAUGGCCCUGCCACAGGGAGGCAAAGUGCAGGCUAUGUACAUCUGGAUUGAUGGGACAGGAGAGGGACUCCGUUGCAAGACCAGGACUCUGGACUCAGAACCCAAGUCAAUUGAAGAACUCCCAGAGUGGAAUUUUGAUGGCUCCAGUACAUACCAGGCUGAGGGCUCGAAUAGUGACAUGUACCUCAUACCAAAGACCAUGUUUAGAGAUCCAUUCAGGAAGGACCCCAACAAGCUGAUCCUUUGUGAGGUUCUCAAAUACAACGGAAAACCUGCAGAAAGUAACCUUCGUCAUACGUGUAAAAAGAUCAUGAAGAUGGUGGAGGACCAGCAUCCGUGGUUUGGAAUGGAACAGGAAUACACACUCCUUGCCAUGGACGGUCAUCCUUUUGGCUGGCCCACAAAUGGUUACCCUGGACCACAAGGUCCUUAUUACUGUGGUGUGGGAGCAGAUAAGGCCUUUGGCAGAGACAUUGUUGAGGCCCAUUACAGAGCAUGUCUGUAUGCUGGAGUUCUGAUUUGUGGCACCAAUGCAGAAGUCAUGCCUUCUCAGUGGGAAUACCAAGUGGGUCCUUGUGAAGGCAUUGACAUGGGUGACCACCUGUGGAUCUCUCGUUUUAUCAUGCACAGGGUGUGUGAAGACUUUGGAGUUGUGGUCUCCUUUGACCCCAAACCCAUGACAGGCAACUGGAAUGGUGCUGGCUGCCACACCAACUUCAGCACUAAGGAUAUGCGAGAGGAUGGAGGCAUCAGGUAUAUUGAGGAGGCUGUUGAGCGGCUGGGCAAGAGGCAUCCCUACCACAUUCGUGUCUACGAUCCAAAAGGAGGGCUUGACAAUGCUAGGCGUCUAACUGGUCACCAUGAAACAUCCAGCAUCCACGAUUUCUCAGCUGGCGUGGCAAACCGUGCUGCCAGUAUCCGAAUCCCAAGAACCGUGGGCCAGGAGAAGCGAGGUUAUUUUGAGGAUCGCCGUCCCGCAGCUAACUGCGAUCCAUAUGCUGUGAUGGAAGCAAUCAUUCGCACUUGUCUACUUAAUGAAGAAGGGGACUAG